AUGAACCAUAUUCCGUGGACACCCUUCCAAUUGCGCGAAGAGCUUCCACCUGAACUUGUGCUCUCCAUCGAGCGUAUUCUGGAGAUACGACCUGGAUAUAUCCAAGACCCUCUGGAUCGAAUUUCACAUGAUUUCAAUCCUGUCGGUGUCCUAAACGACUACUUCCCAGACGAGACGUCUUUGGAUCGUUUCGAUGCUAUCCAAGGACGCCUUACUGAAAACGAGCGAGAGCUGCAGCUCGAAAUUGAAUCACUAAAGGAACAAUUAAGGCGCGAUCAGGAUCCGAGCAGAAUGCAGUUAAUCCAAGAGAUGAUUUCAGAUCUUUUAGGACAAAUGUCUCGAAUUCGAGAGAAAGCGACUGAAUCUGAAGCGGUGGUGCGAAACAUCACGAAAGAGAUUCAGGUACUUGACUUGGCAAAAAAAAAUCUGAUAUUGAGCAUGACGAUACUGAAGCGUCUACAAAUGCUGGUUAAUGCACUCAGUCAGUUGGAAGAUCAAGUCAAAGAGAAGAGAUACCACGAAAUUAUCCAAACACUAGCAGCUGUGAAACAAAUCGGUGUCUCCUUUAAACCAUACACCUCAAUUCAACGAAUUUCCCAAAUAUGGCGUAGGAUACAGGAGAUUCAAGGGGAAAUUCGCUUGAAGAUUGACUCGGACUGGGAAAGGUUCUAUACGCAAGAUCCUGCAAGACCCGUUAAACCAUCUACGAUCAUAGAUGCAUGUUUAGUAAUUGACGUGUUGGGCUCCGAUAUCCGCGCCCAGUUCAUUGAGCGAUACGUUGCAUUGGAAUUAAAGGAAUACCGUCGAAUCUUUCGGUCGACAGACGAAGCUGGGCAGCUUGACAACCUCUCCCGUCGUUUCGCAUGGUUUCGACGCCUACUUCAGACACACGAGACGGAACAGGGUCGCUUGUUUCCUGCAGAAUGGAAAGUCGGAUGGUUCCUGACCGCAAAGUUUGUUGAAAUCACGAGAGACGAUAUGACUGUCCUGCUCUCCAAGGCUGGAUCAAAAUUGUCAGUGAAGCAGCUAUUGGACACGUUGCAAGAAACGAUGGACUUUGAGGCAUCCAUGUCCCGCAAGUACGCUACGCUACUUCCAGAAAUUCUCAAAGCCACCCAACCAACUGGGGCGUCUCGACUGUCAAAGACUAUAUCAUCCGCUUUCGAGCCUCAUAUGGGGGUUUUCAUCGACGCACAAGACAAAGCACUUUCAGAUAUGCUAUCACAGUAUAGAGGGUCGAAGUCGCGUUCUUCUCUGGAGGCGGCUCCUGCAUCUUCUGCUGAUGAGACUGCAUCCCCUGUACUGGUCCUUCCUUCCUCCACGGAACUGUUCUACUUCUAUGCGCAGACGUUGGAACAGUGCGAAAAGUUGUUCACUGGACAGCCUUUGUAUGACUUGAGUGUUUUGCAUAAGAAAUGGCUUAAAAUUUAUGCUGAGGAUGUUCUAAUGUCUAGCAUGAAGAAGCCUACUUUCGUUACGCGGAGGUCCAUCGAGAGUCGGUUUGACAUGAACGAGCUCAAGAACGCGUGUACUCUUAUCAACACCGCGGAUUAUUGCCAAACAACCGCUCUCGAGCUGGAGGAAAAUAUCCGAGAGAAGAGUGACGAGUUUUUUAAGAGCAAGAUCUCUUUCCAGGAUGAGCGUGAUCUCUUCGUCAGCGCAAUAUCAACGGCUAUACAGGUUCUUCUGAGAGAACUUGAUGCGACGUGCGACUCAGCUUUCUCCAACAUGUCACGUACUGCAUGGACUGCUUUGAAAUCUGUUAGCGGUCAGUCUGGGUAUGUUGAAGAUCUCGUGAAUGCUAUCGAACAGGUUGUGGACACGAUCAAGCCUUUAGUAGAGCAAAAGAGAUAUGUUCGGAACUUCUUGGAUAAGGCCUCUAGCGCCGUUUUUGCGAAGUUCACCAAUUCAUUGGUGAAGAGUCGACCCCUAAAAGAAAUUGGGGCUGAGCAAUUGUUGAUUGAUCUGCAAGCCCUGAAAGUUGCAUUACUUAAGAUUCCGGGUGAAGCUCUAACAACCACAAAUUACACGCGGACCGUCGCCAAACAUACCACGAGACUGGAGGCAUUACUGAAAGUCAUCGUCACCCCGGUCGAUCCCGCGGAAGGCUUUAUUCUCAAUUACACACUAUUGAUCGGAGACGCAUCCUUUACUAACUUCCAGAAGAUCCUGGAUCUUAAGGGAACGACGAAAACUGAACAAAAUGACCUGUUAGACGCCUUCCUCACCAUAACCAGCACGAAGACGGAUCUUGCUAGUACCUCCUUCCUAUCGUCUCUUGACAUGGAUCCGGGCCACAUUACAGGUCUUACGAGCCCUGCGGGUAGCCGGGUGUCUUUGAUACCCGGAGGUCCUACUGGUGAAAGUAUCCUUGCAACACUCGGAUCACCGCCAGCGACGGGUCCCUUGGCAGGAUCGGAUACGCCACCCAGGGGAGAUCAGACUGCUAAACGAGAAGUGUUUUCCGACUUCAAGCGAUUUGUGAGCUUCGCUGUAAGACGUGAAACUCUACCACCUUCAUAG